AUGACGGUGGUGACUAAUCCUGCGCGCUCCAACUCGAAGGAUGAGAUCGAAUCCAGGCGCAACAGCGAGCUUGGUGGUGGCGCCGGCGGUGAAUACCAUGGUCUAGAACUCGACAAAAACGCCCGCUUGUAUGAUGAUGAGAAACAAAGCGACAUUGUAUUCGUCGCCGGUAUCAACGGCGACACCUGGCGCUAUCCCGGCCACUGCCGCGUGCUCGCCGCCACCAGUCCAGUUUUUGCUGCGCUCCUAUCUGCUAAAACCGACGUAAUAGUCGUCGACUACGUGGAUCGCCGUGGCUUCGAACAGCUCCUCCGAUACCACUACUGCGAGCCCACGCAGCUCAACUCCGUCGCUACGGCACGGUGUGCCCUAGAUGCUGCAUACAAGUUCCUGUGUGCGCCACUAGCGGAACGAUGUGCUCGACGUCUCGACGAGAUAUUGGAUGCAGGCGUCGAGUUAGAAAUUCUGCGAGAUUUACGUUUCUUAUGCGCGAGACUUCCCGGAGCUACAUCCGCACCACCUCUGCCUGCUCUAUAUGAUGAUGAAGCAGCACGGUCUCUGGCGCAAUGUUCACGGUGGUGUGACUCGUUGGCCCACAAUGCUUUACUCGUGUUAGACGAUAACGCUGAUGCUGUUCUUACCGAUGAACGACUUCAAGAACUCACUUAUGAGGAUCUUGCACUCAUAGUUAAACGUGACACUCUACGGGUAUCCAAUGAGCUCGUCUUAGCAGAAGCGUUAUCCAGCUGGGCAACGGCCGCCUGCAAACGUACUAAAAGGGAACUGACUUCUACCAAUAAAAGAGCAGCUCUAGGAGAUCUCGCGUAUUGUCCAAGAUACUUGUUGCUCUCUGGGGAAGAGUUAGAUCGCUCUUUGGGCUUGGAGCUGCUGGAGCCUAUGGAUCGUGCUUUAGUUGUAGCAAGGGCGUGGAAAUUAUCAGCACCUGUGCCAGUGGGCACUGAACAAGAGGGUUUGUUGCGCCGCUGGGCACGUCCGCGAUCGACUGAGCCAGCUGCACUCCCGGUUCACUUGAGCUCAAGAUCCGAACCAGCUCCCGUGGACGCUCAGCCGAGUAAACUAUGCGUUUGGCGCCCGAAAAGGCCCAAACAGUCUAGCUUUAAUCCUGACGACAAGAAUAACAAACAGGGUUCCUGCGCAUGCUUCUGGGACGGCCUACUGCGAGCGUUCAUCUGCCUAUUCGACUGA